AUGAUUUUGAGUUCUUGGAAUGUUAGGGGGUUAAGGGGCGAUGGGAAGUUGAGGAUGGUGAAGGACUUAAAGAGAAAAUAUAAGUUGAAUUUGUUAGGCCUGGUAGAGACUAAAAGACAAAUAGUGACCAGAUUUGAUGUCUUAAAAAUUUGGGGGAAUGGUGCGGGAUGGGAAUAUGUGGGGUCUGAUGGUGCAUCUGGUGGACUUUUGUUAGUAUGGGAUGAUGGUUUCUUUAAUAUGAGAAAUUUCUAUAAAGGGGAGAGGUGGUUGUGCGUCGAAGGGAUAUUGUCAGAAAAUAGUGUUAACUGUGCUUUCUUCUUGGUUUAUGGUGCGCAUUCAAGAGAUGAAAAACUUGUUGUGCGGGAGGAAUUGAGCUACAUAGCCGGUUUGUAUCAGGGUCCAUGUUGCUUCUUGGGGGACUUUAAUGAGAUACUACAGGUGGAGGAAAGGCGAAGCAAUGAUAGGCUACCUCUAUCGGCAAAAGACUUCAAGGAUUGGAUAAAUGACAUGGGCCUGGUGGACUUGCCGCUAACGGACCGUAGGUUUACAUGGUUUAGAGGGCGAUCUUGUAGCCGUAUUGAUAGAGCUCUGGUUAGCCUGGAAUGGCUUGAGAUGUUCCCUGAAACUCGUCUAAGAGGGGGGCCACGGGGCUUGUCAGAUCAUUGUCCUAUUAUAGUAGAAGAUAAGAGGCCAAGGGACGGUCCGAGACCAUUUCAAAGUCUAGAUUCAUGGUUCACGCAUGAAGGGUUUCUGAGGAUGGUCAAAAAGGAAUGGAGGGGGCAAGGAGAGAUGCAGCUCACUGAGAAAUUGAAGGCAUUGACGGGUCCAUUGGGAAGAUGGCAUAGAGCUAAUUUUGGGGACAUGGACAAGAAAAUUACGAAGUUUGAGGAAGAGAUAAAAAAGUUAGAUGACAUGGUGAGCAAUGGUGUUUAUGAUGGAACAGUGGAGGCAAGAAGAAAGGCAUUAGUUGUAUGCUGUGAGAAAUGGUAUGUGAGGAAAGAAUUACAUUGGAAGCAGAUGUCAAGAUCUAUGCAUGCGAGGGACAUGGAUAAAAAUACAAGAUACUUCCAUAACCUAGCUUCUGCAAGAAGGAGGAAUAAUAGGAUUGAUGCAUUGGUCAUUAAUGGACGUUUGAUAAGGAAUCAAGCUAGGAUCAAGAUAGCCAUCAAUGAGUUCUACAAAAACUUAUAUCACCAAGAGAGGUCUCCGUUGGUGGGUUUCAGAGAUGGUCUGGUGGAAGUGAUCAGUGAGGAGGAUGCUAAGGCAUUAGAGGUACUACCGACAGCCCAGGAGGUUAGAGAGGCAGUGUGGGAUUGUGAAUCAUCCAAGGCUCCAGAAAGCGAUGGAUAUAACAUGAACUUCAUAAAGAAGUGCUGGGAUGAAAUUGGCAAUGAAUUCACGGCAGCAAUUUUGAAUUUCUUCCAAUGUUCAAAGCUACCGGCAGAUUCUAAUGUUACGUGGGUGGCGCUAGCCCCUAAGUUUACUGGUGCUAAGGAAAUCAAGGACCUGUGA